UGAACGUCUUUCUUUGGAAGCUGUUCAUCAUCAUAAUGCGGCUUGUAAUUCUUGAUAACUAUGAACUGGCUAGUGAAUGGGCAGCCAAAUACAUCUGUAAUCGCAUCAUUCAGUUCAAACCUGGACAGGACAGGUACUUUACUCUGGGUUUACCAACAGGGAGUACACCUUUAGGAUGUUAUAAAAAACUAAUAGAAUAUCACAAGAAUGGAGACCUUUCAUUUAAAUAUGUAAAGACCUUUAACAUGGAUGAAUAUGUCGGACUUCCCAGAAAUCAUCCCGAAAGCUAUCAUUCUUACAUGUGGAAUAACUUUUUUAAGCAUAUUGAUAUAGAUCCUAAUAAUGCUCAUAUUCUUGAUGGAAAUGCUACAGAUUUGCAAGCAGAAUGUGAUGCAUUUGAAAAGAAAAUUAAAGAUGCUGGAGGAAUAGAUCUUUUUGUCGGAGGAAUAGGUCCCGAUGGUCAUAUUGCUUUCAAUGAGCCAGGAUCCAGUUUAGUAUCAAGGACAAGAUUAAAGACUUUAGCAAUGGAUACCAUUUUGGCAAAUGCUAAAUAUUUUGAUGGUGAUUUGUCAAAAGUGCCCACUAUGGCUCUGACAGUUGGUGUGGGGACAGUGAUGGAUGCUCGAGAAGUAAUGAUCCUCAUAACAGGUGCACACAAAGCAUUUGCCCUGUACAAAGCAAUAGAAGAAGGAGUCAGUCACAUGUGGACUGUUUCAGCUUUCCAGCAACAUCCCCGAACAAUUUUUGUAUGUGAUGAAGAUGCUACUUUAGAAUUAAGAGUUAAAACUGUGAAAUACUUUAAAGGUGAGCAUUGA